CGGAAAUGCAACUUCACUUGCAGAAGUUGGGCAUCACAACUUUUCUGAUGCGAGCACUGAUGGUGACAUGCAGUCAAGACACAAACAACUGCAUUUAAAGUUGGUCUAGAGGUAGUUUUGGCAAGAUCCUUGAAAGCACCUUGGAGAACUCCGCUUUACGUCAGGCCGCACCACUGAAUCUGAAUCGUGAUUGUGCGUAAACUACGUCACAUCUGCGCAGCAGCACCAGAUGCAGCACUAACAAAGCUCCAUUGUCUUCAUCUUUUCGUGAUGCUCUCUCGGGUUUUGCUACAUCUACAAUCUGGCGAUUCGCUCCCUGGAUGUGAGAGGUGUGAUGGACGCUGUGGGGAGCAUCUAGGGAUGAUGAAGGUCGGGUUUCGCGGGAUUGGAUAGAAGCUGUUACCAUUCAGUAGCUGCGCUCUGGCUGUCUCCAUGAUAUAAACAACAUGGACAUCGCACAUUCCCCUGACACUAAAUAUAGCUAUUGAGGCCAGAGGAGGGGGAGGACUGGUGUUAUUCCAGGAUACUACAAAGUCGUGGUGAACUUAUACCACCUGAAUUACCUUCCGAAGAUCAAGCGGUUAUUGUCCCCUCAGAGGAAAACUCGAUUGUGACCAAACAUGCCCUCGGCGUACAACGUGAGAUCCAGGGCGCGGGAGAGAAACAGUAUCCUGAGCAGACCCGAGUUCAUGUCUCUCAACCAUCAGCCCCUCCGUGGCGGCUGCGGAUCCCCGGAGAGCCGCCCCGGUCCUAAACGCGCGGCUCAAACCAAGCACCAAACGACCCAGAAGAGUGAAGAACCUACCGACGGAAGCAGCAAUGACAGGAGAGAGUCCACCAAGAUGCCAGAAGAAGACUGCAUGCAGCUGAACCCUUCCUUUAAGGGGAUAGCGUUGAACUCCCUCCUCGCCAUUGACAUCUGUCUGUCCAAAAGCAUGGGAGUGUGCGCUUCCACGUCGUCCUCCUGGGGAGGCUGCCGAUCCAUGGUGGCCCUGCUGGCUCUCACGGGGCACGGCAUCACGUGGAUCAUUGGCACUAUUGUAUGUCUGACACGAAGCAACACUCUGGCUGGUCAGGAGGUCCUAGUCAAUCUGCUGCUCGCUCUUAUCCUUGACAUCAUGACAGUGGCUGGAGUCCAGCGACUGGUAAAGCGCAGAGGACCCUGGGAGAUGACGCCGGGGUUCCUGGAUUGCAUCGCUAUGGACGUGUACUCUUUCCCUGCUGCUCAUGCCAGUCGUGCUGCCAUGGUCUCCAAAUUCCUGCUGUCUCACCUUGUCCUGGCUGUGCCCUUGCGCAUCCUGCUGGUGCUGUGGGCCUUCCUGGUGGGCAUGUCUCGGGUGCUCUUGGGUAAACAUCACCUAACAGAUAUGGUGUGUGGUUUCGCACUGGGAAUGUUUCACUUUAGCCUGAUGGAGACAGUGUGGCUGUCCUCAAACACCUGUCAGACUAUUAUAUCCAUAGGUACACUCAGCUGGAGCCCUUUUUACUGAGCUUUGCUCAGCUUACAUGAUAUUGCAACUGAUAUUUCAACUGUGCAAUACUGCAGACUUUGAUCUUUGGUCUUGAAGAGCUAUUUUUGCAGCAGUAGGGAGGUUUUACUGCAAACUGUGACCACAGAAAACUGAUAUUUGGGUGCAGAUGGUGACUUGCAUGCAACAAGCAAAAAACAAAAUCACAUGGGUCCCUGGGCCCUUCAGGACCUUCAUACAGCUUUAGAAAUUCUAGUAGAACACAUCUUUAAUCCUUAGUUCCAACAAACACCGAAGACAAAAACACAUAACGUGUUUUUUCUGGAAAGUGUUUAUGAUUCUUGAACAGCCGGUGCUUUUCACCUGUAAUCUAACCUGUAAUCUUUUUUCUUAAUGCCCAGAUUCAUGUUGUAUCUUGCCUCCUUUGGCUGUGUCUCUUUCUUCCUCUUGCUUUCUUUAAUUGUGGGUUUGCAAAACAUAACACAAUGCUGAACGGUGAAGGGAGUUUGGUGGUAGUAUCUAUCCUACAUUUCAGUGUGACAUUUAAAUACAAAUAUUCAUUGUUGGUAAUAUAUCUGUUCGUUCAGUUCCUAUUUGGCACUGUUGUAAUAUUUGUAUAUUUUUGAUGGAUUUAGUUGCAUUUUUACUGUACAUUUUUGCUGUUUACCCUUUUUAGUGCAGCUGAUUCCAACUGUUUAUGCACAAAUAUCAAAAAGAAUUUUACAUUUUUCUUGUACUUUAGGGUCAUAUAAAAACCUUCCAAAUUUAAUUGGCUUGCCAUUAAAAGCUCUCUGCCUCACGGAAAAACUGAAGCGUGUGCAUUUUUAUGAAGGGCGGAGUUUUUUCAACUUUUAGAUAGAGCUUGCUUGAUUUUUUAAAUGGAAAAUAUGUAGUGUACAUGAAUUAGAUUUGUUCUGUACAGAGAUCUGUGUAUGAUGUUUACACUUUGUUGCUGCAUCUUAAUAAAAACGGAUAUACAGUUGCAUAA